UGGAAUAUCUUUUAUAAUAUUACUAUGUUUCUGCACCCACUACAGCCGCCUGUCUUCCCUACGACGACUGCGAGCCCUCCGCACAAACCACGGACUCAUCUCUACGUUCGCCGCAGUGUGCGGUCUAGGCGCGCUGGUCGUGUAUAUUGAGACGUCCAGGAUGCUGAUACCCAGAGGAGUCAUCACCAAGACCGAUCUCCGCUCUCUCACAUCGGGUUUUAGCCGCGACCUUCCAGUCAAGGACCACGCACAGCACAAACUUCCGCCUCACCUGAUCCCACAUCCCCGCCGCCCGGGGGCGCUGGUGGUGGGCUUCUCCCAGUGUGGCGGUCACGUGAUCUCUACCGCCCUCUCCGCACACCCGGACAUUGUGGUCAACACGAAGGACAUCAAGUAUUUCACAAACAAAGAGAACAAGUCACUGAGCUGGUACGUCUCCAGGAUGCCGCCCUCCCUCGACCAUCACGUGACCAUUGACGUCAGCUACUCCUACAUCCUGAAUCCGUCAGCCCUACAGCGACUCGAGGCUUACAACAGAACCGCCAGGAUCAUCGUCUUUCUGUGCGACCCGCUGUCUCGUCUCAUCACCCUCUACAGAGAGACUCUCGUCAAAGCCAAGCUACAUAACAGAACUCUGGGUGGUGCGACUGUGGGCAACAGAACUUUCCCUCAACCGAAAUUGACUCUAUCGGCUGUGAAAUUUGAAACUAAAGGUUUUAAAUCUUGGCUUGGGGCUACGACGCCUGAGAAUAGCUCGUGGGAGUUAAAACCAGACAUAGCUUCCAGGUCUGGUGAAUAUUUCAACUCGUUUUGGAACUUGUUUCAGUUAUUUUCCAGAAGGCAAGUGCUGAUUGUGGAGACAGGCCGCUUCUACAAGGACCCUAGGAGAGGUCUCUCCGUCCUCCACUCCUUCCUCAAAGUCCACCAGAUACCAGAAAACAACCACCACCGGAACUCCACCAACGAGGAGUUCUGUUUCACCAUCACUCACGGACAGGAGAAAUGUGUCAAAGACUCGGCCAAAUCAGCUCUACAACUGUUACAGCGAGACGACCUGCUAUUCGUGGACAGUCUCCGGGAGUUUUACAAAAGUUCUAACGCUAAAUUGUUUGCCUAUCUAAGAGAUGAAUACGAAUGGCUGUAG